AACUCCACUACCGUAAUGUUACAUAAUAUUAAACCACGAGUGGAGACAUCAUAGCAUUUCCCAGAAAAAUUUCCCACGUAAAAAUUACAGAGCCAAUUAAAACAUUUAAAUCCCUGUUUAAUUUAUAAAACUAUGGUGGCCUUACUUUAUGAUUGGUCGUGUGAACAUGCAUUCAAAACAUGUAAGUAUAUGAGCGAAAUGGUUACACUAUAUGCGUGUUUUUGUCCAUGUCAUGUCCACUUCCGGGGAGAGAUACAUUAGCUAGAGUAGUUAGCAUUUGGCAUACGACUAUCACGCGCCUAGUUUAAAUUUCGCAAAGUCCACCAACCCUAGAGGUCUGGGUCGUUUAGAAGUCGCAUUCGGACAUCUAGUAGCAACGAUAUAACGUAGUAAGUUACGAUGAAACAAGGAGAUGAUUAAGAUUAAAAUUAUUAGCUAGCUAGCUAGCCACCGCAAGAGAAUCAUUUCGCCAAACAGAAUAAUCCGCAACUUUAAACAUCUAGAUCAAACCGUCAUGGAAGAUUCCGACACGAAUGCAAUACUUCCUGCCGAAGAAGAUUCGUCUCAAGAUAAUUAUAAAUCAACAACAACUCUUUGUCCGACAUGUAACAUUAUUGGUGAUAACGUAAUUUGCUCAACACCUCCACCGUACUCAUGUAUACUUUCAGUUUCUGUCGAACCUGUUAUCUUUCUUUCAAUGUUUUCAUUGGCACUUCAGAUGCCACUUUAUACACAAUACCUGUGGGAUCGCAUUAGUGAAGAUAUGGGGUACAACGGGACGAAAACCGGAGGAUGUCACAACAGCACUGGGCCUCCCGAUCCUCUUGAAAAGGAGGUGGAGACCAUGACUGCGCACUGGAAUUUGUACAUCAACUUGGGAGGCUUUUUCGUCAGCCUUUUCUCUGCCACUCUAUUUGGGGCCUGGAGUGACUGUGUUGGCAGACGCCCAGUUCUGAUCUUACCCAGUCUCGGCCUGGCUGCUCAAGCUGCUGUUUAUUUAGUGGUACUAUACCUGAAGUUACCUGUGGCUUGGUUCCUCUUGGGGAGAUUCUGCAGUAGCCUCACUGGGGACUUUAACACCAUCCUCGCUGGCUGCUUUGCCUAUGUGGCCGACACAAGUGACAAAGUCUCCCGCACCUUUAGAGUGGCCAUACUGGAAGCCUGUAUAGGUGUGGCUGGCAUGUUCGCAAGCAUCAUUGGGGGACAGUGGCGACGGGCACAAGGGUACAUCAAUCCAUUUUGGCUGGUACUGGCCACCAGUCUAGCAUCUGCCCUGUAUGCCUACCUGUUUGUGCCCGAGUCUGUGGUUCCUGACCCCGGGGCCAGACUGCUCACCACUAAGCACCACCGGUCCGUUUGGCGGCUCUUCAGCACCCCAGGGCAGGGGGACCGCCGGCCAAAGCUGUGGCUCUACUCCCUCUGCUUCUUCAUCGUGGUCACCGUGCACUUCGGGAGCCGGGACCUGUACGUGCUGUAUGAGCUCAGCGCCCCGCUGUGCUGGGGCCCCGAGCUGAUUGGCUACGGCUCGGCGGUCCAGCACCUGACCUACCUGAGCAGCCUGGUGGGGCUAAAGGCCAUGCAGCGGUGCCUGGAGGACUCCUGGGUGGCCAUUGUGGGGCUGCUGUCCAACAUGUGCGGCCUGGUGGUCAUCUCUGUGGCCAACACCACUGCACUUAUGUUCACAGGCUAUGGACUCUGUUUCCUGUUCAUGGCUUCAACCCCAGUUUUGCGAUCAAAGGUCUCGAAGCUGGUGGAUCCUUCUGAGCAAGGGGCUCUGUUUGCAUCGGUGGCUUGUGUGGAGGGACUCUGUUCCCUGGUGUCUAACGGAGUCUUCAACUCCCUCUACCCUGCAACCCUACACAUCAUGAAGGGCUUUCCCUUCCUCUUUGGUGCCAUACUCCUUCUACUUCCUGCUGGAAUAAUUGGGACACUUGGCUGCCAGCAAAGGAGGAUGGAGAACACAGAAAGUUCUGCAGUGUCUUGAGGCUGACCAAGAGUGGAGCAUGUUCCAAAGAGUCUGUCAAACUCAGGACUUAGCUCUGUAAACCAUACAGCGGUACAUACAAGUGCAUCUCAAAAAUUUGAAUAUUAUGGAAAAGUCCAUUUCCUUGCUCAUAAAGGCUCAGGUAUUUUGACAUAGCUGAUUAGAGUCUUCUCAGGUCGAUAUAUAUAUUGAGAUACUGGAUUUUUGAUUUCCAUGAUCUGUAAACCGUAAUCAUCAAGAUUAAAAUAAUCAAGUGCACUAACAUAAUGUGUUAAAAAAUGUGUAUAUGUUUUAAGUGCAUAUUUUUAUGUGCGUGCCUUAAUUUUGACUUAAAAUGCUGCCAUAGUUUUUUCUUAUCAUAAUACCUCUUUAAAUUACUGUAUAAUGAUUGAAGGCUACCAUUAAAGUAUUGUUUUUUUGUAUUUAAAAUUAUGACAAAUUAUGAUUUUACCACACUUCUUUGUAAAAUAAUCUGGGUCCUCUCGCUCAGACAUCUAAUAGUGGGAUUAGACACACAGUAAAUAAUGUACCUUUAAUACACCUUAAUACAUAAAUAAUGUACCCUUCCUUUCAAAAUCUUGUGAACACAAAAUAAAAACGUUCUAAAAAAAUAAGUCU